AAAAGACAAGUUUCUAGGUACCUAGACCCUCAAAUACCAAUUCUAGUUUUUAAAAUUCGUAAGCUUUAGGGUUUUCUGACUGUUGCACCCUUCGAAUUUCAGGGAUCCUAAUUUUCCUGAUCAAGACAAACACUAAUUGAUGUAAUAUCUUACUAGUCUGUGACUGAAGCAGAAGGGUGAUGCAAUGAAGCAGUCUUUUGAUCCUUCAUCUUUGGGUCCUUCAAAGAUUCCAUCGAUAAAUAUACCUAGAGGAGUGGGGUGCAGUGCACGAGGGGUUUCAUCUGGAUCUGAUUUAUACCAUGCGUCAUCUGAUGCUAGUCUCUUUUCCAGUUCAUUACCUGUUCUUCCACACGAAAAGUUGAACAUAAAUGAUACUGAAAAUGGUUAUCAAUCUGUUGAUGACAUCUCAUCUGGCUUUGAAAAGCUUCAAGACAAGGGUUCAUUAGAAGGUGUCGGUGCUCAUGCAGUGGGAACCACGCUUCCUGAUGAUGAAGACGAGCUUUUGGCUGGCAUAAUGGAUGAUUUUGAUCUAAGUGGUUUACCUGGUUCUCUUGAGGACUUGGAAGAGUAUGAUCUUUUUGGAGAUAUGGAUCUAGAUCCUGAUCAGGAUGGUUUCAGUGCGGGCAUGUCCAAAUUGAACUUCUCCGAUAGUGUUGUUAGCAACGGUUUGCCUCAUUAUUCUUUUCCUAAUGGUGUUGGAACUGUUGCUGGAGAACAUCCAUAUGGAGAGCAUCCUUCUCGAACGCUAUUUGUUCGAAAUAUUAACAGCAACGUGGAGGAUUCAGAGCUGAGAGCUCUUUUUGAGCAAUAUGGUGAUAUUAGAACCCUCUAUACUGCAUGUAAACAUCGGGGUUUUGUAAUGAUAUCCUAUUAUGACAUCCGUGCUGCUCGAACAGCUAUGCGUGCAUUACAAAACAAACCUCUGCGGCGCAGGAAACUUGACAUACAUUUCUCAAUACCGAAGGAUAACCCAUCAGACAAGGAUAUCAACCAAGGAACCUUGGUGGUUUUCAAUUUGGAUCCAUCUGUUUCAAAUGAAGACCUCCGUCAAAUAUUUGGGGCUUAUGGAGAAGUCAAAGAGAUAAGGGAAACUCCUCACAAGAGGCAUCAUAAGUUCAUUGAAUAUUAUGAUGUCAGAGCUGCAGAAGCAGCACUAAAAUCAUUAAAUAGAAGUGACAUAGCUGGUAAACGGAUAAAGCUGGAGCCUAGUCGGCCUGGAGGAGCUCGUCGAAAUUUAUUGCUCCAACUAAAUCAAGAGCUUGAUCAAGAUGAAGCUCGGAACUUUCGGUAUCAAGUGAGUUCACCUGUGGCCAACUCUCCACCAGGUAACUGGAUGCAGUUCAAUAGUCCUGUCGAGCAGAAUUCUAUGCAAACGAUCAGUCAUUCUCCUGGCUCUAGGAUCAUGAGCCCAACAACUGGUAGCCACUUGCCAGGGCUGGCUUCAAUUUUGCAACCUCAGGUAUCGAAUACUGUGAAGGGUGCAACUAUUGACAAGGACUUUGGAAGGAGCAAUCAUGGAGAGCACAUUUUUACCAGUGUGAAUUCAACGCAAGGAGCUACUUUUCAGUCACAUUCACUUCCAGAGCCCAAAUUCAGCCAAUAUCGUGGAUCUUUGUCCUUGUUUGGUCCAUCAACAUCAAAAUCAAAUGAAUCUUCGAUGGAGACCUUAUCUGGGGCACAGUUUUUAUGGGGAAGUCCAACCCUUUACUCGGAACGUAAUAAGCCUUUAGCUUGGCCAAGACCAGCUGCGGUGCAUCCAUUUACAUCAAAUGGCAAGGGGCAUGGCUUCCCAUACUCAAGUCAAAGUACUUCCUACGUUGGGGCAUCCCACCAUCAUAACAAUCAUCAUGUUGGUUCUGCUCCAUCAGGUUUGCCACUAGAGAGGCACUUUGGUUUUCCUGAGUCACCUGAAACUUCGAUCAUGAAUAAUGUCGGUUAUGGAGGCAUGGGUCUGGGGCACACUGAUGGAAAUUACGUGGUUAAAACGAGUGGGUCUGUAAAUGCUGGCAUUACUAUUCCGAGAAAUAUUUCUGAGAACGGUUCAUCAAACCUUAGAAUGAGAUCUUCUCCUAGGCUUAGCCCUGUGUUUUUGGGUAGUGGUCCAUAUGCAGGACUACCACCUACCACCAUGGAUAGUUUGACCGACCGUUCUCAGAGCAGAUGGAUUGAGAACAAUGGAAGCCAAGUUGAUAGCAAGAAGCAAUUCCAGCUUGAUUUGGAUAAGAUUAAAUGUGGUGAAGAUACAAGGACUACAUUAAUGAUAAAGAAUAUUCCAAAUAAGUACACGUCAAAAAUGUUAUUAGCUGCCAUUGAUGAAAAUCACAAGGGUACAUAUGAUUUUCUCUAUCUCCCAAUUGACUUUAAGAAUAAAUGCAAUGUGGGAUAUGCAUUUAUCAAUAUGUUGUCACCCUCUCUUAUUAUUCCAUUCUAUGAGACAUUCAAUGGGAAGAAAUGGGAGAAGUUUAAUAGUGAAAAGGUUGCAUCUUUGGCAUAUGCUCGAAUACAAGGGAAGACUGCACUUGUGAGCCAUUUCCAAAAUUCAAGUUUGAUGAACGAAGACAAGCGCUGCCGCCCAAUUCUCUUCCAUUCAGAUGGUCCUGAAACCAGUGAUCAGAUCAUGCAAGAGCAUCUUCCCUCCAGCAUUUUGGAAUGUUCAGGCACUUAAGCUGAUUGACCCGUCAAGUGAUUUUGCUGGAAGUCCAACGAAGGACGGAUUUCUCGUGAGCUUUGAGACAAGUUAACAUCAUAUUAUCUGCAGAAUUGCAUAAAACGAAACCUUUUGCUGUUAAUGUAAACUUCUGCAGGCUCGUCACUGGUUCUGCAUAUAUUUAGGAAAUAUAACUAAAGGGUGUAGAUUCUGUAUCAUA